AGCACUGACGGAGAGGGCUGUGUCCGUCUCUGGCAAACAUGAAGUCAGACCUCUGGUAUUUCUUUCUCUUCUGCUUCCAAGUUGAAGUUCUAACAGGAAAAAUCAAUGAUUCUGCCAAGUCUGAGAUGUUUACAUUUCACGACGGAGGUGUACAAAUUUCAUGCAAAUACCCCGAGACUGUCCGGCAGUUUAAAAUGCAGCUGCUGAAAGGGAGGCAAGUCCUCUGCAACCUCACGAAGACUGAGGAGAGCGGAGACACGGCGCCCGUGAGGAGCCCGAAGUUCUGCCAGUCUCAGCUCUCCAACAACAGUGUGUCUUUCUUCCUGUCUAACCUGGACGCUUCCCACGCCAGCUACUACUCCUGCAAACUCUUCGUUUUUGAUCCUCCUCCUUUUCUAGAAGACGUUCUUAGCAAAGAAUAUUUGCAUAUUUAUGAAUCACAGCUUUGUUGCCAACUGAAGUUCUGGUUACCCAUAGGAUGUGCGGCUUUUGUGGUGGUCUACAUUUUCGCCUGUGUACUUAUAUGUUGGCUUGUGAAAAAGAAGUAUCGCUCCAGUGUGCACGACCCUAAUAGUGAAUACAUGUUCAUGGCCUCAGUGAACACAGCUAAAAAGCCCAGACUCGCAGAUGUGACCCGUCAUAUGGAAGUCUCUGGCACCCAGGCGUGAACCACGUUGGCCAGCUCCCUCCAGCUUGAAGUGCAAGAUUCUCUCAUUUCCUGAACCACGGAGAGUCUGACCUGAUUUGACUGCAUACAUCUUCUACUGGUGUUCUGUUCAGUCUGGACCAGUGGCUCUGUCAGUCAGCAGGGAUUUUAACAGACUGCCUCAGCACUGUUGAGUUCUCUCAAAACCAACACCCGCUCGCAACCAGCUUUCUAGCAAGCCCAGCUCAUGCUCACACAUAGACCUCACUGGGACGGAAUUCCUGUCUGCACACGUGCUUCUAGCAAUGCACCAGCUAGUAAACACACACGAUCUACAAAAAUUUUUUAAAGAUGCUAAGGGUACUGAAUCUGCAAAGCAAUAGGGCAACCCAGGGCCAGCAUCUGUCUGCAGUUCACUAACAGACUACCUCUUCUUCCAGUAGGGAUGGGCAUUUCAAUCAGACAGUAGAGGGAGAUGCUUCAAAACUGUAGUUAUUUUAUUUCUGAAGUGUGGACAUGUAACUAUAGUAUGCUAACACAUUAGUUCACAGAGCUCUUUGAGCCCCUGUUCACCACUCCACCAAGAGUUCAGAUGCCUCUGCUGCCCUCACUUUUCCUUUUUAAAAACGCUUCUACAUGACUACUUGACAGACACUCUGCGUAGGGAGCUAUGUCUACGUUUCUUCCCUCCUCUGCUCGAUUUUAUAUAUAUAUAUAUAGUGGCAGCCUAAUGACUAUAACUUGCCUACCUUCUUCCUACAAGCAUGUUUUUGCUCCAGAAAGACAUCUUAUUUAUCUUACUUCCCCAGAUUUAGUCAGAAUGGUUUACUUUGUUGACUUACUGACGUUAGUGGCAGGAAACGUUGCCCAGAAUCAAAAGCGACUUCAUUUUGUGAUACUGUUUUCUACCAUUAUCUAUGUUUUCAUGGUGCUAUUAAUUACAAGUUAGGCUAUUUUUGUAGAUCAUAUUCAAACUGCAAACAAACAAAACCAUCUUUCACUGUCAAGCACUGUCCUGGGGGUGGAGCCAAUGAUCCCUUCAGCACGGAAGCUGCAGUUCCCAAGGCCACUGCCGAACUGUAGCAGUGCUGCCUCUGGCCUGGACAGGCUGGAACGGCCCCCAUCAGUCUGGAGCCGCCAUGCAGACCUGGGGGAAUUCCAAGGUCUCUUGAGCCAGGGACAACCCCGUGCUCUUGCCCCCAGAGUCUGGAGUCACCCUGGGGACCACAGUGGGUCUGCCUGCACUUGUACCUCCAGGAUCUGUGAAGAAGCACAGCUGUGUCAGGGGACAUCAGCGUGAUUCCCUCUCCUGGAACCCACUCAGUCUGGAAACUGGCCAUGGCCCUUAGAGAUAGUCUUCCUUUGAAUAUGAUUUGGUUGGAAAGAUUUUUAAAUACAUGUAACGUGAUUAUUCUUAGCUGAAAUAUUUUCUCCUCUUCCUGUCUGCAUGCCCAAGGCUUCUGAAGCAGCCAAUGUGUAUGCAACAACAUUUCUAACUUUAGGUAAAACGAGAUUAUUUACUGGUUUUAAAAUUGGUAGCUGCCUGCUUAUGUUUACUUGAAAAGUGAGACCUAAUGUGUCAUUGUGCAUGCUUAUAUUAUUUUAAGCGUGUGUAAUGCUGGAUGUGUACAGUACAGUACUGAAUUUGUAAUUUGAAUCAAGAAUGGUGUUCUCUGUUUCCAGCUGACGUGGACACCCUGGCUGGCUUUGCAGAGGUGUUCCCUGAGUUGUUAGCAGCUUUCUGUGGGGGGCGGGGUGGGGAGGAGAGCCUCCACGUGGCCUGUGGGGCCUGGUUGUUGGAGUUGUGCCCUGAAGCAUCCUCACCCUCAGCACUGGAUAUUUCAAAGUGAAUUAUUAAAGGAUAUAAUUUCUGUGAAAUAAAAACUGGUUUUAAGAGGAGCUAAUGAAAUAGAUUUUAGUAGUAGUAGGAAACUCAAGAAUAAACAUUUGAUUCAGCAACUGAAA